AUGGAUUGGAGAAACAAAUUGGAUUUAAUUUAGAAUAAGAUUAGAGGAUAAUUACAUGCUCGCAAAAUAGAUGACUUGGAAGGAGUGUAUUAAUUAAUGGCAGAAUUUGAUAGAGAUAACUCUGGGUAUUUGGAUAAGGAUGAGUUUCAAAAGUUCUUAUCAAAGAUAGGUGUAUUUCUAACAACAUAAGAAUUGAGAGCAGUGUAUGACAAAUAUGACUAAAAUAAAGAUGGAAAUAUUGCAUAUGCAGAGUUUGUGAAUUUGAUUAGAGAAAAUAUGAGCGAGAAGAGAAUAAAUGUUGUAAGAAGCACAUUUUCAUUUUUGGAUUAAUCCAGACACGGAAGAUUAUAAUUAGAUAGUCUUUAUAGACUUUAUUAAGCUAAAAACCAUCCUAGGGUAAGAACAAGAUAGAAGACAUCUGAAUAAAUCACAAAGGAGUUUGUGAAUGCAAUUUCAAAACGUAGUAAAGAUGGUCAAAGUAUAAACGAAGAGGAAUUCUUAAAUUAUUAUGCUGAUUGUAAUGCUACUCUUCCAAGUGAGAAGGAGGAGUACUUCACAGAUUUAUUAACAUCUACUUGGGGAGUAACAUCUGGUGCUGAUUAUGUGUCUCCAGAGAGAUUAGCUCAAUUGGAAAUUAUAUUAUUUGAAAAAAUCAGAUAAAAGACAGUUACUAAAGAUGAUGAAGGAAAGACAGCCAAAAAAGCCUUUAUGUACUUUGAUUUGGAAAACAAAGGAACAAUAGAUAUAUAUUAGUUUGCAUAAGCAUUAUAAAAGUUCGGUUGUGUUUUCAGCGAAAAGGAGAUUUAAGCAUUAUUUAAUAAGUACGACGCUGAUAAGAGUGGAAGACUAUGCUAUGAUGAAAUCUGUGGGUUGAUAGCAUUAAUGGGAUCAGGGAACAAUGCAAAUGUCAAUCCAGUGUUUUAGAUAGCCAGAGCUCCUCCUUAAGAUACAUUGAAUAGAAUUAGAAAUGAUCUAAUUAAGAAAGGAUAGCAUUCUGUCAUACGAAUGGCAACUAUCUUUAUUAAUUCUGAUAAAAACAAGAAUGGAACAUUGAAUAGAUAAGAAUUUCAAUGGGCUAUGAAAGAAUCUGGACUGUUAUUAACCAAAACAGAGUAUGAUAAUUUGUUCAGAUAUUUCGAUAAAAAUUGUGAUGAUGAGGUUUCCUUUGUUGAAUUCAUAGCUUUUGUAAGAAAGCCACUUUCUUAAUAUAGAUUGGAUUUGACAAAUUAAUUAUGGAACAGAAUAUCAAACAGCGAACCUUAAAUCAGCUCUUAAUAAUUGAAAUAAUAUUAUGAUUCAUCAAAGAGUCAUGAUGUAAACACAAACAUUAAGACAGUAGCUGAUGCCAAUAAAGAUUUUCAUGAUAUUUGGAAAGAUGUUUAAAUUAUCACUCAAUAGCAUUUCAUAGAAUAUGUAACAGAUAUUAGUGCACUUAUUGAUAAUGACUAAGCUUUUGAGAAGUUUAUAAGAUUUGCAUGGAAAUGA